GUGCCUGGCCAGGCGCUGAUCCCAGGCAACUGUGGCUCCGGCAGGAUCGCUGGGAGCUAGACACACCAAGGCACAAAGGCUGGAAGGAUGCGGGAGCCAGCAAAGGGAAAGCGAAAGCCUCCCACCAGGCCGGUGACGGGGUGAAGGCGUCGUGCGGCCCUCCAGACGCCGCCGGUACCCGGACCUGCCCCAGUUAGCUUGCUUGGACAAACCCAGCGCGCGGUAGCCAUGGCUAUUGCCCACCUGGCCACGGAGUACGUGUUCUCAGACUUCUUGCUGAAGGAGCCCACCGAGCCCAAGUUUAAGGGGCUACGGCUGGAGCUGGCGGUGGACAAGAUGGUCACAUGCAUAGCUGUGGGGCUGCCGCUGCUGCUUAUCUCUCUGGCCUUCGCGCAGGAGAUCUCCAUCGGUACCCAAAUAAGCUGUUUCUCCCCAAGUUCUUUCUCCUGGCGUCAGGCUGCCUUUGUGGAUUCUUAUUGCUGGGCUGCUGUUCAACAGAAGAACUCUCUGCAGAGUGAGUCUGGAAACCUUCCACUGUGGCUGCAUAAGUUUUUCCCCUACAUCCUGUUACUAUUUGCCAUCCUCCUGUACCUGCCCACGUUGUUCUGGCGUUUCACAGCUGCUCCUCAUCUUUGCUCAGACUUGAAGUUUAUCAUGGAAGAACUUGACAAAGUUUACAACCGAGCAAUUAAGGCUGCAAGGAGUGCACGUGACCUGGAUCUCAGAGAUGGUGCCUGCCCGGUUCCAGGUGUUAAUGAGAACAUAGGGCAAAGUUUGUGGGAGAUAUCUGAAAGCCACUUCAAGUACCCAAUUGUGGAACAGUACUUGAAGACAAAGAAAAAUUCCAGUAAUUUGAUUGUCAAGUACAUUGGCUGCCGGCUGAUAACACUCACUGUCAUACUGUUAGCAUGCAUGUACCUGGGGUAUUACUUCAGCCUGUCCUCACUCUCAGAUGAGUUUGUGUGCAGCAUCAAAUCAGGGAUCCUGAGAAACGACAGCACUGUCCCCGAUCAGUUUCAGUGCAAGCUCAUCGCAGUCGGCAUCUUCCAGUUGCUCAGCUUCAUUAACCUCAUGGUGUAUGUGCUGCUGGCCCCUGUGGUUGUCUAUACACUGUUUGUUCCAUUGCGACAGAAGACAGAUGUUCUCAAAGUGUAUGAAAUUCUGCCCACGUUUGAUGUUCUGCAUUUCAAGUCUGAAGGGUACAACGACUUGAGCCUCUACAAUCUUUUCUUGGAGGAGAAUAUAAGUGAACUCAAGUCAUACAAGUGUCUUAAGGUACUGGAGAAUAUUAAAAGCAGUGGUCAGGGGAUCGACCCAAUGCUACUGCUGACUAACCUUGGCAUGAUCAAGAUGGAUAUUGUGGAUGGCAAAUCUCCCAUGUCGGCAGAGACCAAGGGAGAAGCCCAGAUGGCAGAGCUCAAAGAUUUGGACAUACACAGUGAAACUAAAACAAGUAAUGGAGAGAAGAAUGCUCGACAGAGACUUCUAAAUUCUUCUUGCUGAUGAUUUUGUUCUUGAACUACCAAUCUGUGACAUGAAUUCAUUUUGGCUAAAGCACCCUGGUUGGGUUCACAGCUGAUCUGUGGUAAAUGAAUGGGUCUUGGUAGAGAGAUUGAGCUUGUCUUACCGAGGAACAUAAUGGGCAGCAAGAUAUUAUGAAGAAUGGUUUGUGACUUUCUUAUGAGAAGCAACAUGAAGAUUGCAAACUCUAGCAAAUAUACAUGUGUUAAGUCUUCAUCAGUGAAAAGAGGAAGGAUUAGUAAGAGCAGUGAAGAGCCAUUCAGAGCUUCGGAAAAACAGCUUUCAGUACCCAUGCUACCACAAGACCGAGAGCUAGUAGAAAGCAGGCACUUUG